AUGGCAAAAGAGGAGAAGAAGGUCGUGACAGAAGAGGAGCUGCAAGCGAAUGUGUGGAAGCUGCUGUGGUACAAUGGCAUCUUCUCCGUGUUUUCCUCCAUUGCCCAGCUGGGCCUCUUCGACACCUACCUCUUCAUCAUGGCCGGGGACUCUAACACCGCUGUCGGGUGGGCGGAGUCCAUCUCCGGACUUAGCCAGAUCGUGCUGGCGGGUCCGGCCGGUAUCCUCAGUGACACCAUGUCCCGCAGCAAGAUCCUGCAGUGGUGCGCCUACCUCUCUGUGCUGGCCGUGGCCGUGUCCGUAGCAGGAGUCAGCCUCGACAACUUCCCCGUGAUCUACGUCUCCCUGUUCCUCUUCGGAACGUACACCGCGCUGCAGAACACUGCGAGCUUUGCGCUGUACUCGGACUCCAUACCCCAGGGCUCCCGCGCGAAGUGGCUCUCGAGGAUUAGCAUCGUCAACCAGCUGGGGUAUGGCGCCGGCCCCUUCCUGAGUCUCUUUCUCCUCGCCUACUUUGGCAACGAGUGGAAGCUCUCGGUCCUCCACUUCGUCCUCAUCAUCGGCUUCAUCGGCAUGAUCCCGGCGAACUUCUUCCUGGUCGGCCUGAAGGACGCCCAGCACGAGGAGGAGGGGCCCGAGGCUUCCGGGGCCUUCAGCAACCUGAAGUACGCACGGGUGGUGCCGUGGCUGAUUUGCGGCUUGGACAUCAUCACGGCGGUUGGUGCGGGAAUGACUGUGAAGUUCUUUCCCCUCUUCUUCAAGGAAGACUAUGGCAUGAAUCCUGGCCAGAUCCAGUUGCUCUUCGCCGUCUACGGCCUUUCCUUUGGCUUCUUCACUUGGCUGUGUGAGAAGGCCGCGGAGCACAUGGGCCGCGUGGAGGCGGGGCUCCUCUUCUCCUCGGCCGGGGUGGUCUGCCUCUUUCUGCUGGCCUACCUGAGGUGGCUUCCUGCAGUCCUUGUGGUGUUCGUGAUACGAGGCGCUCUCGCGAACUCGAUCUACCCAAUCGACAAGUCCAUCCUCAUGGACUUCGUGCCAUCCUCUGAGCGAGGUCGCUGGAAUGCUGCCGAGAGCAUCAGCAGCAUGUCCUGGUCGGGAUCGGCUGUCCUUGGAGGCUACCUCAUGGAUGCCUACGACUACCGGCAGACCUUCGUCAUCACCGGUUUCAUCUACGCGGUGGCCGCGCUGAUGAGAUUACCCCUCUUCCUCAUGGUGCCGCGCUACGAGGUGUCGGCGUCACAGCAGGCGCUGCUCACCCGCAUGGUCUCGCACGAGGACGUGCAGAGCGUGCUGCUCGCGUCGGUGCGCUCCCGCAGCCUGAGCGUGCAGUUUGAGCUUUGA